AUGAACUUCGGCGAUUCCAACUUCGCCUGGGCGUCGGCCCCGGCGCCACCCGGCGGCCAGCAGCACCAGCCCCCGCCACAGCAGCCGUAUUACGCGCACCCGCAGCAGCACCCGCACCCGCACCCGCGCCCGCACCCGCACCCGCACCCGCCGGGCCAACAGUACCCCGCCCAGCCUCCGGCGCAGCACUACUACCCGCAGCAGCACCCGCAGCAGUUCAUGGGCGCGCCUCACGCGCAGGGCGGCUGGGCGGUCCCCCAGCCGGGCGCUGCUCCUGUGGCCCCGGCCCCGAAGGGCAGCCAAUUCUCCAUCCGGCCAUCGAGCAACCCCCUGGACAACCUCUUCGGCAAGAAGGACCUCUUUGAGAAGGCCCGGCAAGAGCGCAGCCAGGUCGGCCUGCCCCUCGGCAAGCGCGAGGUCGGCUCCUCGAGCGGUGCCCUGCCCCCGGCAAUGGCCCCGACCGCCGUGGCCAACUACGACAUUUCCUUCGGCGACGAGGAUGACGCCUCCGGCGGCGACGGCAGUGGUGGCGCCGCGCCGCCAGCGUCCGGGGUCCUGGGGGCCCCGUUCACGGCGUGGCAGCCGCAGGCGGCCAUCUCGGCGGCCGACGCGUCGGCGGCCUUUGCCUCGGUCUCCGGGCAGCCGGGCUUCGGCGGCUUCGGCGGCUUCGACGGCCUGCCGGCCUCCGGCCCGGCGGCUUCUGCCGGGCCUGCUCCGGUGUCGGCCGGCGCGCAGCCGGACUUCGGGGACUUCGGUGCCCCGGCCGCCGGCGGGUUCGGGGCCUUCGCCACAUCGGCCCCGGUCGCCAGUGACUUCGGGGACUUCGGGGCCUCGGCGCCGGCCAGCGCCCCGGCUGCCGGCGGGUUCGGGGACUUCGGCGCCUUUGCUGCCUCCCCGGCCCCCCCGCAGCCGGCCCCCCCGCAGCCGGCCCCCAGCAUGGCCAACCCGCAAACGUGGCACCAACUGCGCCGGUCGACCGUGCCCCUGCCCCCGUCACAGGCCCCGGCCUCGCAGGCUUCGGUGUCCUCACUGCAAGCCCUGCCCGCGGUCGACAUGGACCAGAUGCUCGCCCGGCUGAGUGCCAACCUCGGCAGCACGCCGGCCAGUAGCCCGGGUCGGGCCGUCCCCCCGGCCUCCCGGGCCCCCGGCCCGACCUCCGCCCCGGGGCCUGCCCCGGUGGUGGCCGCUCCGGCCGACUGGUCGGCCAUCAGCGAGGACCUCUUCGCGGUGGACACCGGCCCGGCUGAGCCCUUGGCCGAGCCCCCGGCCGAGCCCCCGGCCGAGCCCCCGGCCGAGCCCCCGGCCGAGGUCGGCCCUCCGGCCGGCGCAGCUCCGCCCGGGCAGAGCUUCGAUGAUUUCGGGGAUUUCGGUGCUGCCCCCGCUGGCCAGCCUGCACCGGUGGCCGCGCCUGCCGACUUCGGGGACUUCGGCGACUUCGGGGACUUCGGGCCGCGAUCUGUCCCCGCCGCUGGGGGGGCCCCCCCGGCGGGGGACUUCGGGGACUUUGGCGGGGACUUUGGCGAUCAGGCCUUCCCUGCCUCGGCCCCGGCCCCGGCUUCAGGUGCAACCGCUGCCUCGGCCCCGGGCGACGAUUACCCGGGGUUCGGGGAGUUUGGCACCUCGCCGGCGCUCGACGCCCCUCCCGACGUGACCGCCCCCGGCCCUGCGGCGGCCUCGGCUUUCGAAGGCUUCAGUGCGCCAGUCUCCCCCAUUGCCUCGGGCAGCUCUGACUCGGCCCCGGCCCCGGCCCCGGCCCCGGCCCCGGCUCCCACCCGGCCGGUGGACUCCUUCACGGAGCUGCUGAUGAGCCCGCCGGUGUCAUUCUCCCAGAUUGCCCCGGCCAGUCCGGCCGCGCGCAGCCCGGCGGCGGCCAAGCCGGCCGCUGUGCCGGCCACGCCGGCGGCCCCGGUGGCCGUCGCGGCCCCGAACUACGACUUCAUCUUCGAGACGUCCUUCUCGCCGUCGGCCUCCUCCGAGGCCCUGGACCAGGCCCUCUCCGAGGAGGGCGCCCUGGCCGGGGCUCUCGAUGGCCUGGCUCUCGAGGCCGGCCCGGCGGUCGGGCCGGCCACCGUGGACCCCUUCGGUGGCUUUGCCCCCGAGGCUGCGCCCCUGCCGGUCGAGCAGACCGAUGCCUUCGGGGACUUCGGCUUUGACAGUGCCCCGGCGCCGGGGCCGACCGGCCAGGCUGACGCUUUCGGGGACUUUGCCUUCGAGGCUGCCCCGGCCCCUGUGGCCGCCACGCCGGCCGCUGCCGGCUCCUUCGGCGACUUUGCCCUCGAUGGCAGCCCGUCCGGGAUCCCGGCUCCGGGCCCGCCGGCCGACUCCUUCGGCGACUUCGGUGUCGAUGCCGGCCCGGCCGCGGCUCUGACCCCGGCCGGCGAUGCCUUUGACGACUUUUUGUUCGGCGCGGCCCCGGCUGCCGACAGCACCACCCCGGCGGGGGUCUCUCCCGGGGGCUUGUCCCUGGAUGCUGCUCCGGCGGCCGAGCCCGCGCCGGCGGCCGGGUCCUUGGACGUCCUGGCCCUUGCCGCUGGGCCGCCGGCCGGGACCACCGCCCUCGAGCCAGCCCCCACGGCCGGCCCUCUGGGGGAUCCUUCCUUCGAGGCUGCCCUGGCCGAGGCCCCGACUGCCAAGCCCCCGGCGGAUGAUGCCCUCGAUGCCGUCCCAGUGGUCGACUUGGCCCCGGCCGGCGACUCCUUCGGGGACUUUGCCUUCGAUGUCGCACCCACUCCGGCGGCCCUCCCGGCCCAGCAGGGCGACACUUUCCCGGCCGGCGCCGAUGGUGCCAUCGCCACUGCAGCCGCCUCGGCACUCCCACCGGCUGACAUCUUCGGGGACUUUGCCUUUGACACUGGCUCCCUGGCCGAGGCGCCGGCACCAGCCCAGCCGACCGGAGCCAUUGACCCCUUCGCCCUGGAGGCCGCCUCUGCCGGCGACAGGGCCAGCCCCGAUGCCGAGCCCACCGCCACUGGGACCGCUCCGGGUGACGACUCCUUCGGCGAUUUCGGGUUUGAUGCCACCCCGGCGGCCGAUGUGCCGGACGCCGCCCCGACUGGUGCCUCCUUCGGCGACUUUGAGUUUGAUGCUACCCCGGCGGCCGACGCCCAGGAUGCUGCUCUGGCGGCCGAUGCGCCGGACGCCGCCCCGACUGGCGCCUCCUUCGGCGGCUUCGAGUUUGAUGCCGCUCCGGCGGCCGCUGCCCAGGACGCCGCCCUGACGGGGGGCUCUUUCGCCGAUUUCGAGUUUGAUGCCGCCCCGGCGGCCGACGCCCCGGCUGGCGCCUCCUUCGGCGACUUCGAGUUUGAUGCCGCCCCGGCGGCCGACGCCCAGGACGCCGCCCUGACGGGCGGUUCUUUCGCCGAUUUCGGGCUUGACAUGACGCCGACUGCCGAGCCUGCCCCGGCCACCUCCUCUUCCGGGGACUCCGAGCUUGGUGAUGGCACCCUGGCUGCUGCGGCCGGCGCGACUGUCGGCACAGCGGCACCGGCGGCCGAUUCCUUUGGCGACUUCGACUUUGCCGCGGCGCCCGCGGCCGCAGACGCCCCCCCGGCAGCUGCCCCGGUCGAUGACUUCGCCUUCGAGUCGGGGCCCACCAUGUCGGGUGCCCUGGCCGACGACGCCUUCGGGGACUUCGGCUCCGGGGCCGCCACUCCGGCCAGCGGCCUGGACAUGGCCGCCGCCUCGGGCACCAGCGACCUCCUCCCGGAGUUUGGCUUUGCCGCCGGCGGCCCUGGGCCCCUGGAGGCGGCCACCCUCGCCGGGCCUGCCGGCGACGCCGCGGCCCUUGGCGACUUCAGCACAGUGGCCAGCCAGUCGGCCAGCGCCGCCAGCCAGUCGCCGCUGCACUCGCCGGUGGAGUUCUCCGGCUUCGACUGGUCGGCCGAGGCUGUCUCCGCCGGCUCUGCCGCCGCCGCCGCCGCUGCUGCUCCUGGCGCUGGCCCGGGCGAGUCUGCUGCCGGGGCUCCGGCGGCCCGGUCGACCGCUGCGGCGUCCUCGACCGCCGACUGGGCGGACUUUGGCGGCUUCACGGACGAUGUGCCGGCGACCGCCGCGCCGGAGGAGCCGCACGACACGGACUCCUUCGUGGCCGUGACGGGCUCCUCCCCGUCGGGGUCCUCCUUCGACUGCAUCCGGUCCACGGAGUCCCUGGAGGAGGUGGCCGACGGGCUCUCCGCCAACGAUCGGACCUCGGCCGAGGGGUCUCUCUUCGAGCUGACGUCGGCCGCCGGGUCGCCCAGGCCCGAGGGCCAACCGGCCGGCGACCCGGCCCCGGCGACCGCCGACUUCACCGGCUUCGAUGAUGCGGACUUCACGGAGUUCGCGACGGCCGCGCCGGCCGGCGGGGCCGCGGACCAUGCCCCGGCCCCCGACGCCCGGAUCCUCCCCUCGGUGGUGGCCGGCUUUGGCAUGCAGCUGAGCGCCGGGUCCAGCCCGGCGCCCUUCUCCCCGGCCGAGCAGUCGCCCGAACUCCUCUCUUCAUACCGCCCCUUGCUGAGCCGCGUGUCGCAGCGCCUCGUGGCCGACUCGGAGAUUGUGCUGGCCUCGGCGCGUGGGAUUGCCGCCCUGCCGGAGGCUGACCGCCGCCUGCUGGGGGCCUCCCUGCCGCGCGGGCGCUACGAUCACCUCUUCCACCAGGCCCUGCAGGCGGGCCCGGCCGGUGGUCCGGCCUCCCCCGGGGCCGAGCCCCGGCCGUCACCCGUGGCCACCUGGCAGGCCCAUGUCCACGCGUGGCUCAGCCAUGCGGUGUGCGUUGGGCGCUUUGCGGCGCUCGGCGCCUCGGCCGCCGGCUCGCCGAGCCUCCAUGCCGCCCAGGGGGGGAGCCCGGCGGCGGGGAGCAGCCCCGGCGGCCCGGUCGCCAUGGCCGCCGACAACCUGCGCACGGCGGCCGGGCUGCUGGAUGGCGCCGGGCUCGGGCACCUGGCCCUGAGCCUGCUGCUGGCCUCCGGCCAGACGCCCGGCGACAUGGCCGACGCCUCGACCGCGGCCGCCGCCUUCGCCGUGACCUCGGCCACCCUGGACCUGGCCUGCGACCGGGCCUUCCCGGCGGCCCCGGGCUCCCCGAACCCCGGGGCCCAGCUGGCCCAGGCCCUGGCCCGGUCGCCCGAUGGCCGGUCCAGCCCCUCGUCGACGGCCAGCCCGCUGCCCGGCACCUGCCACCUGUGCUUGGGGGCCCUGCCGGCGGGCGACGCACCCGAGCGCGACUCGCACCUGGAGUGCCUGAUCCUCUGCUCGCACCUGGCCCACACCGGCUGACAUGCCCCGUGCCCUGGGACGCGGCCGGGUGGGCGCGGCCGCCUGACCAAAUGCACGCUCCUUCCCCCCUUUUUCCAACCCAUUGACGAUGUUGUUGCUGUUGGG